AGUACUCGAUCAAAUAAACCAAAAGCCGCACAUACUUCCGCGCACCACUUUGCCCGUUCCUUCUUUACGCGCUUUCAUAACUACAACAACGCCGUUUGCGCCUAGCCAUUUGUAACUCUUCCAUUUUCAAGUCACAAAAGUUACUGCUGUCGGCAAAAUGGCCCUGGAAGCCGGUGUGAUGUCGGUGACGAUGGAGUUCGGCAAGGACCUCAAGGAUGGCGACUGGUUCGGCAAGCAAGACCCCUACUGCAUCAUCCGCAUCGGUGGCCAGACCUUCCGCACACGCACGGCCGUGGACGGCGGCCGCAACCCCGUGUGGAAUGAGACGUUCCGCUUCAAUGUCAUCAACGAGAACAACGUGGAUGUGGAGAUUAAGGACGAGGACGUGGGCAAGGACGACCUGAUCGGCACCUGCACCUUCUCGCUCGCCAAGGCGCGUGAGAGCGGCAGCGACCGCAUCCAGGCGCCUGUGGUCAGCAAGAAGAGCCGCAAGCAGCGCGGCUUCCUCUCCAUCGCCCUCAGCUGGGAGCCCAACAAGGCGCUCAAGUCAAAUGACAACGCCGCCGCCGCCCACGCGCCCCACCACCAGCAGCAGCACUACCAGCACCCCCCGCCAAUGGCCUACGCCGCCGCACCCCCGCCCGCCUAUUACGCUGCCCCGCCCGCUCCUGCCUACUACGCCGCCCCGCCCCCGGCCGUCGCCUACUACGCUGCUGCUGCCUAUCCGCCCGCACCUAUGGCCGCAUACCCUCCUGGGGCCUACCCUCCGCAGCCGUACCCGGGUGCGGUGCCGGUGCCGGGCCACCGUUAGACACUUGUAGCCAGCCAAGUAGUGGGCCCAGGCCGUUAGCCCGAGUGCUAGGCCACGAGCCCGAGUGUUAGGCCGUUCGGGGGCGGCGGCGCGUAGACAAUGGCUGCUCUAAGUGAGUGUGUGCACUCCUGUCUAAGUGCUGUUUAGGAUUGCUUCGAUCCACUCGACAUUGAUUCUUUCCCUAAUGUUUGGACUUCCGUGUGCCUAGCCCUACGAACCCUUUCGAAUAGGCGGAGAGCCCAACAGGUAGGAGUCAUCUAGAGUGACCUGCCGUGGCCGUGCGGUGAUAAGGUGGUGGCGUAGUGGUGGCAGGCAUGCCGUGUCCCACAGACACACGGUGGUGCUUUGCGCAUAUAGACAUGCACAUGCACGCGUACAUGCAUGAUGCGUUGUGUUUCGUACAUAAAAUUUUGUGUGUUGGUUGUCUGUUGGUACAAGUGCCGCAGUGAUGGUAGUGAUGCCGCGAUGACUGUGAUCUGUUGACUGAACGACGGCUGAAGGUAUGACAAGGCGCUGAGCAAUGAAACGAACAAAGUGGCACAUUGUUACAUAUAAGCUCCGCACACAUCGAAGCACAUAUAUGCCUGGGGCAUGGCAAUGCGUCAAGGCGUGACGCAGCAGUACUUACACGUGAUGUGUGGUGGGCAGCGCGGUUUCUACUCGCUAGAGACAAUGUGUGUCACAUUCCUUUCUCAAUUGAACUCCAAGUGUAACAUGCAUGCGUGUAAACUCUGUUGACG